GAAGCCCAAGAUCUCAGAACCAUACUACAUAUCCACGAUCCUGUUGGGAAAAGAUCAAGAUGAGGUUCAAACAACCACUGUGGACUGCGGUUUUGAGCGCAUCUUUCGUUCUCGCAAAUUCUUCACCCACAAGCUGUGGAGAGAAUAACACCACGCCAGAUAAUGGUCACGGCAACAGCACAAAUCGAGAUCGCUUUAGCUCGAAAUGCGCCGCUGUCGCAUCUAAGCUCGCCGUCGAAAGCAGCGUUGUCCAUUUUUCAGAGUUCGUUGCCGCCGGCACAAAUCUCAGUCUCGCUGAGAACGACCCGUCCUGUACCCAAACAUUCAUAGCAGUCACAGCUGACAUAUGUCGUAUCGCACUCUCAGUAUCAACAUCGAACCGCUCGGGCUUUAAUAUGGAAGCAUGGCUACCAUCGAACUGGACGGGACGGUUCUUGUCCGUAGGGAACGGUGGACUGAAUGGUUGUAUCAAGUAUGCGGACUUGGCAUAUACAUCUGCCCUGGGCUUCUCGACUGUUGGUACCAACAAUGGUCAUAACGGCACGAGUGGCAAGCCGUUCUACAACAAUUCAGACGUUGUACAGGAUUUUGCUUACAGGGCCCUCCAUACUGGCGUUGUCGUGGGCAAGCAGAUAUCCCAGAACUUCUAUAACAAACCACACGACAAGUCGUACUAUCUUGGAUGCUCGACUGGAGGACGCCAGGGCUUUAAAUCGGCACAAGACUUCCCUAACGACUUUGAUGGCAUUGUUGCUGGCGCGCCAGCUUUUGCAUUUAAUAAUUUGACAUCCUGGAGCGGGAACUUUUAUCGUCUCACUGGUCCGCCUGGUUCUCCAACUUUUGUUAGCCCACCUCUUUGGGCCCGGGUUCACGUUGACGUUUUAAAACAAUGCGACGCACUAGAUGGCCUCACAGACGGUGUCAUUGAGUACACUCUGAAGUGCAACUAUGAUCCAUCUGGCCUGGUUUGUGAAGGUAGCAACUCAACUAAUUGUCUCACCCCACUCCAAGCCGAGACGGUCAAAGCUGUCUACCAACCGCUUUUCGACGAUAACGGGGAUCUUGUGUAUCCACGCUUACAACCCGGCGCCGAGAUCACCGCUACCAGCACCUUCUUUAACGGGGUUCCCUUCGUCUACACAGCGGACUGGUUCCGCUACGCCAUCUACAACGACCCAACCUGGGACCCAAAAGCGAUAGGUUCGACCGACUUUGAAAACGCUGAACGCAUAAAUCCGUUCAAUAUCCAGACUUGGAAGGGCGACCUAAGCGGUGUGAGGAACCGUGGAACUAAAAUUAUCCAUUGGCACGGAGGCGCCGAUUAUCUCAUUUCGUCGGAGAAUUCUCCCAGAUACUAUGAGCAUGUUAGUUCUACUAUGGGCCUUUCGUCGGCAGAGCUCGAUUCUUUUUACCGUUACUUUACAGUCAGCGGCACCGGGCAUUGCAGUGGAGGAGACGGAGCGCAUGCUAUUGGUCAGAGUUCUGCAGAGAGCAAUAGCUACAAGCCCAGUGAGAACAUCCUCAUGGCCAUGGUCGAUUGGGUAGAGAAUGGUAAUGCGCCUGAGACGCUCAUUGGCACGAAAUGGGUCAACAACACUCGGACACUUGGCAUUGCUUUCCAGCGCGCCCACUGCAAGUACCCGAAGCGUAAUCAGUACAAGGGUCAGGGUAAUCCAGAUGUUGUUGGGAGUUGGGAAUGUAUAGAUCCGUAGGAUUAGGCGGACGCAAUAAGCUUAAUAGUAACAAGAGGCAAAGGUUAAUUUAAAGGCUUCUUGCCUAUUAUAUAGUUCUAAUAAGAGGACUUUAAAGCGCCU